UGCACUGUCGAUGUCAUAUGUGUGAUCGUGACUGACGUGAGGCUGAUGAGAGAACAAGCUGUAGUGUAGACAGUCUGUACAAUACAUAAAGGUACUGUGUUCCGCCCGUCUUGAUCUUGCCUACCCCUAUUUUGACUGAUCAAAGAAUGAGAUUGAAGUGAAAUGUGACUACUGUGGCUACUGGGUUUUCAAGAAUGUCUUCGGAGACAUGUGAGAUAUGCGGCCAGGAAGGGUUUGUUGAUGAAGCAGAGGUCAGAACUCAUAUGCUUCUGGAUCACGAGGAAAACUCAGGGUCUUGUCCGCUGUGUGACCUUGCCCAUGUGACAAUUGAAGAACUGUCGUACCACAUGAAUACAGCACAUCGCCAUGUACUCAGUCCAGCCCAUGCUGCAAAGUGUAGCACCAGCGAAUACAGGCAAGGAAAUUGCGUGCAAGACAAUGGAGAUGAUGCUGUGUUGAUAGCAGAAGAAGUUCAUGAGGAAAAUUCUUUGAUUUAUAUUGAGGACUACUUUGCAAAACCAACUGAUACCAAACAGAAUGGAGAGUCUGUUGAUCAGCAAAUGAAUGAUAUUCAUGUGGAUCAUAUAGAUGAUGCUGAAAUUGCCCUAAAAACAGAAAGGGAUGUGAAUCAAAAUAUAGAUAUUAGGGAGCAAGAAAGUCAUUUGAGACAAUCGAUGGAUGAGGAUGGCAUUUCACAGGAUUUGUUUUCUGAGUCAUCAGUAUCUUCAAGCCAAGACCAAAGUGGCCAUGGGGAUGGCCCAAGAGAGUCAGAUGCUGAGUGCUGCAUUAUUGAUGAAUCAAAGGAGAGUUUCAAGGAGAGAAAAAUUGUAAGACUGCAGGCAGGCAGAACAGCGCCAGGGAAUGGGGCACCUUCAGAACAUACCGGUAGGAAGAAUGACCAAAAACAGAUUGACCCAAAGCAGAAUGAACAAAAGCAAGAUGAACCAAAGCCAAAUGACCGUAAACGAGGUAGAAAGGAACCGGAUGUGAGACCCAAAGAGACCCGUCAGUCACAUCGCCUGGAAUCUGCAGAGCGACGGAACAGCCACCAAUCUCUGGAUACGCUGGCGUCAUCCAGGAGUGGGAAUGAGAGUGUUGCCAGUGAGACCAGCAGUCCAUUCCGUAAGCUCUUCAGAACGCUCACAGGAAGGACUGCUGAAGCAGAGACUGAGGACAAGAAGGAACAGAGUGGGAUAUGGGUUGAUCUCACCAAUGACUCUGAACCUGAUCUCCUUGAUGAUGAUGAGCUCAUGUUCAUUGAAGAUGCCCAACCAGCAGAAGAGAUCCAGUGGGAAGAUAUCCCCAGCACUAGCAGUGUGGACAACCCGCACUCCACCUCUACACCAACAAAAGCAAAAUCAAAACCAACAGAAGGUGUGAAAGUUAAGACCCCGAACCCUGAUAAACCAACUCUCCUCAGCCUAAGCAAAGCUUCAAAGAAUGUGCAAUCACCUAUCCUCUGUCCAAUAUGUGGACUUGGCAGCUAUGAUGCUGAUUUCCUGAAUAGCCAUGUCAACACAGAACAUCCUGAAGGUGCUAUAGGGGUAAAGAGCACCGAGAAUAGACCAUCUGAAGGAGGAGCUGUUGGAGGAGGAGAUAUCACUUGCCCUGUCUGUGGGUUAGUUGGGCUAGUCACUGAGGAAAUGAAUGCACAUGUUGAAAGCCACUUUGCAGAGGGACCAUCAACUGGAGCGGCUGGUGCUGGCAGCAGUCGCAGAGGACAGAAUGAUAUGACAGAUGUAGAUAGGAAGCUUGCUGAACAACUGGCUGAGGAUGAGCGGCGAGAACAGAAAAGGAAAGAGGAAGAAGAAUUUAAGAAGUUAAAGGCCAUGUAUGGGGCAGAUGGAAGCGGGAAUUUCAGGAGACAGAGUGAGCGCAACUCCUCCAAAGCAGUGUCGGGUCAAAUGACCCCAUUAGAAUACCAUCAGCAAAAUCAAGCCAUCCGAGAAGCUAUGGCUACAGGAAUCGACUCUGGCCAAUCUCGGACAAAAGAUAUCAUUCCUAGACUGCUUGAUUACUACAACAACAAGGUCCAUGGCGUCUCCUAUGCACGGCUCUCCCUCAACCUAGAUCACUUCUCCUCCUCUAUGGGUGAUUCUGGAUGGGGCUGUGGAUACCGCAACAUCCAGAUGAUGCUAUCCGCUUUGGUAGAAGAUCCUCAAUUCAAACAGGUUGUCUUUAAUGGAAGGAAAGAUAUUCCUUCUAUUCCAAGAAUUCAGCUUCUAAUAGAGGAUGCAUGGAGUAAGGGGUUCGAUGCCCAAGGUCGCGACCAGCUGAAUGGCAAAGUUCAUAAUACCAGGAAGUGGAUCGGCGCCACUGAAGUUGUAGCCAUGUUCUCAGCUCUCCGGAUAAGAUGCAAACUGUUUGACUUCCAUGCACCCAGUGGUCAGAAUGGUACCCAUCCACGUCUCUUUUCCUGGAUCAGGGAUUACUUUGGCAAACCACCUCUGCUCUCUAUGGAAAACUCUGUGAGAUCCAACAAGCUACCACUCUAUUUCCAGCAUGAAGGGCACAGCAGAACUAUCAUUGGCUAUGACAUGAUGAAAGACAAGUCAACUAGAAUUCUGCUCUUUGACCCCAGUCUUAGAGUCAACGAAGCCAAUUCUCUCAGGAGAGGCGAUAUCACUGGUCAUUCUCUGAAGCCAUUGAGGAAGACCUUGAACCAAAUGAAAGCCAAACAAUAUCAGAUUGUCUGCAUUGAAGGAAUCAUUACAUCAGAUCAAGAAUAUGAGAGAAGCAAGAUGUUGACUUCACAACGCAUUCUGUAGCUGAAAUAAUAAAAAAAAAAUCAGCAAACAUUCAAUCACCAAAUACCAUCUCAUCUCAGGAAUAUUGGUAACAUUCUACAGGGUCUCUACCACUAUCAAAAGGUAAUGGACUUAAAGCAGUAAACAUACAUAGAAGUGAAGCUAUAUCAAUACUGUGCUAUAUAUUCACGGCUUCAUGAAAUGACCCCCGGGGCCCCAGAAGGUUAUUACAAUCAGUUGUAAAUGUGAAUUGUAUCUCUGUACUACUGGGGCCAUGUCUUGCUGUAAGCAUGGAAGUUUCCAGAGUAUUGAUAUAGAGCCAUGUAUCAAGAGAAUCUGGUCAACUAUUU